GGCAGAAGAUACAGAGGGAGAAGAAGAGACGUAUGUGACUGAUAUAAAGGCAGAAGAUACAGAGGGAGAAGAAGAGACGUAUGUGACUGAUAUGAAGGCAGAAGAUACAGAGGAAGAAGAAGAGACGUAUGUGACUGAUAUGAAGGCAGAAGAUAUAGAGGGAGAAGAAGAGACGUAUGUGAGGGGUGAUCAGCAGUGUAAGGAGGAGGAGAUCCCUACAGAUAUCAGCACAGCAGAUGGACACACAAGCAGGAAUAUCUCAGAAGGACAUCUAAUGUUAUCCCUGGAUUGUGACAUAAAAGAUAAUGACAGUAGACAGGAUUCUCCAGGAGAUAACCCCAUUACCCCAAUUAUACAUCCAGCUCUAUCAGCUGAUCCCUCUGAUCCUGGGAAAUGUUCUCCUGAUCACUCUGAUAUUGGUGCAUCUGUUACAGCUCUGACAGUAGAUACAGUGUUUCCCUGUUCUAUAGAUGCCAACUAUUUUACACAGAACACAAAGCUUAUAACCCAUCAGCCAGUUAAAGCAGGCGAGAGGCCAUUUCCAUGUUCUGAGUGUGGGAAAUGUUUUACAUACAAAUCAGCUUUUGUUACACAUCAGAGAUAUCACACAGGUGAGAAACCAUUUCCAUGUUCUGAGUGUGGGAAAUGUUUUGCACGGAAAUCAAAUCUUGUUAAACAUCAGAGUAGUCACACAGGUGAGAGGCCAUUUUCUUGCUCUGAGUGCGAGAAAUGUUUUACACGGAAAUCAAAUCUUGUUAAACAUCAGGGUAGUCACACAGGUGAGAGACCAUUUCCAUGUUCUGAGUGUGGGCAAUGUUUUGCACAGAAAUCACAUCUUGUUACACAUCAGAGAAGCCACACAGGUGAGAAGCCUUUUCCAUGUUCUGAGUGUGGAAAAUGUUUUGCACAGAAAUCAAAUCUUGUUACACAUCAGAGAAGUCACACAGGUGAGAAGCAAUUUUCUUGCUCUGAGUGUGGGAAAUGUUUUGGACGCAAAUCAGAUCUUGUUACACAUCAGAGAAGUCACACAGAUAAGAAUCCAUUUCUAUGUUCUGAGUGUGGGGAAUGUUUUGCACACAAAUCAGAUCUUGUUAUACAUCAGAGAAGUCACAGAGGUGAGAAUCCAUAUCUAUGUUCUGAGUGUGGGAAAUGUUUUGCACACAAAUCACAUCUUGUUACACAUCAGAGAAGUCACACAGGUGAGAAGCCAUUUUAUUGCACUGAGUGUGGGAAAUGUUUUACCCAGAAAUCAAGUCUUGUUACACAUCAGAGAAGUCACACAGGUGAGAAGCCAUUUUAUUGCUCUGUGUGUGGGAAAUGUUUUUCCCAGAAAUCAAGUCUUAUUAUACAUCAGAGAAGUCACACAGGUGAGAAGCCAUUUCCAUACUCUGAGAAAUAAAUCAGCUCUUGUUUUACACAACAGACAUCACUUAGGUGAGGAACCAUUUUAAUCUUCUGGAGUAUACUCAUCAUUGCCAUGCGUUUUUCUUCAAGGUUCUUAUCCUAUCUCCUAUGCUUUUUGCAAUAUACAUGCUACCACUGGGUGAAAUAAUCAGAUGUCAUGCCCUCAUCUACCACUGCUAUGCAGAUGACCUGUCUUUUGCUCCAGGUACCCAGUACCAAUCCUAAAUGGUUGUCUAGCUGAGCUCCUGGUGUUGGUGAUGCCAGUUGGCUGUGACUCAGUCCUGGUGAAACAGGUCUUUAUGAUAGAAGCUCACCACCAAAGGACAGGGCUACAGCUCAGCUUUGCAAAGCAACCAGACUUACGCUUGGGGGUUCAGAGUUACAAAUGCUGAUCAUGUGUGGAAUCUUGGUGUCCUGGGUGGUGGAGUGACACUUAUACAUCAGGUAUCGGCCACAAUCAGAUCCUCAUCUGAGUAGCAUAGCCAGACUCCACCACUUAUUUCCCUCAGAAGAUCUACCUACAGUCAUACAUGCACUUGUAUAAUCACACAUAGACUACUUCAAUGUCCUCUAACUGGGUCUCCCAGCAAAAGAAUUGCACCGCUUGUAGCUUGUACAGAAUGCAGCAGCCAGGCUGUUACCUAACCAGCCCGUUCCUGCCACAUCACACCCAUUCUCUACUCCCUUCACCGGCUGCCAGUAAGAUGGGGACUAUUAAUCUUACUGACUCUCCCAGCCCUACAUGACCGGGGUCCAAGGUACCAGAAGCAGCGUCUUCCUCCUUACUGCCCAGCUUGCUUCCAUCUGCAGAUGGACUGUUACCAGCAGUUCCAAGAAUCCUCAAGAAGUUCUGAGAUGUCAGAGUGGAGACAUGUUGGAUGGCACUAUUGCUGUGGUGGGGACUGCCG